AUGACUAUGCCGCACAUGAGUUCGGGAGGAUCAGAGGAUUUCUACUCCACUGAUGAGGUGAAGGUGUACAAAGAUGAAGGAAAUAAAGACGAAGAGAAGCGGUCGUCGGAGAAUUUAACCGAGGAGAAGCUGGGCCUUGUCACUGAAUCAGAAGAGGGCAAGAAUUCGUCUAUACAAGGAAAUUAUACAGCCUCUGAAAAGUCGAGUAACACAGUUUCAGACGACG